AUGGCGACGACAGAGGAAGAUCGACCUCUGAUGCAACGCUUACGUUCACCGGGCGCGGCAGACGCCUCGCCAGGGGCAGGGAGAGCUCUCAAGCCGCUGCCAUUUUCCCUCAAGGGUUUUUUGACGACCUUCUUUGCGGUGCUCUUCCUCUUCCUUCUGGCCGCGAUGGCAAGCCGCGUUAUCAAGUGGGCGAGCGACGAUAGCUUGACGGCGGAGAGGGUGGAAUAUUCUCUGGACGGUGCGGAGGGCACUCGUCUCUCUGGCCUCGUGAAUCCCAACAACGGGUCACACCCGACAUUGACCACCACGGCGGACUGCACGGGAGACACGCAUCUCCCCGUGCUGGGGGGCGUCGACGUGGUCGCGUAUUGGACGUUACCGGCGGGGAGCAAACCGGUGUUUGGGACCCCUAACCUCGUCUCGUUGUUCGGAGACUACCGGUUCUACUUCUCUUCGAUCGAGAACCUCAGAACGUUCGAGAGUGAUCCGGUGAGAUACAUCCCGGCCUGGGGUGGCUUCUGCUCCUACGGCGUGGCGGCUGAAACAUUUUGGAGGCCCGACAUCUUGGGGCCAUUUGGCGACCCUUCCAAGUGGCUGAUUUUGCCCGGCGAUGGAAAGCUGCACGUGUUCCGAAGCGAACGACCUAUGACCAAAUUCCUCCUAGCCCCGGGGGAAAACCUCGAGGCUGGGGACGCCAUCUGGAACGGCUGGUUCCCAGCGGAGAGGGGGGGUGCAGCACCCCUCAACACGGCUUGCCUGUGUAGCGAGGAGAUGUGCGUCAAUGGCUGACGCGGCGGCAGGCAGGCAAUGUUUUUUGUUUUUUUUGCUACACAUUGUUGUUGUUUUUUACACCCAUGUCGUUGUUAGUUCCUACGCGGUGGUAGGUGGUAAGGAUGAUCAAACAUGUAAAUCUUUUCCUUUCCUGGUAGUGGCGGCGUCUUGAGCAGCGCACUUGGCGGUGGUCGUUUUCGCGGCGAGGAACCUUGUUUUGGGGCACGUGUGUGGUUGUUCGUGGAGCUGGACAUGCUUACCGGCGUUCGCCCGUGUUAUAUUUUCUUGAGUUUUGAGUAGCCGCCGCGAUUGCUAUGCGUAGGACGGCCGGCGAAGUGGGCAAAUGCCGAUUCUGAUUGGUUCAGGCAGAGGAGUGAGUAUCUUUUGUUGUAGGAGGUGUACGCAAAUCGUGAUGGCUUUCUGCGUUAGUUUGUGGUGCGGUGGGCUUGCAGGGCAUGGGGGGGUGCGCAUGGGUUUCAUGCGAGCACUGCUAUUGUGCUUGUAAAUUUAUGGUGAAAUUGGGAGAUACAUGCUGAGGUGACUCCCUGUCGUUUUUCUGUGGGCGUUAUCUUGGGUGCUUCCGCUGCUGUUGUUGCUAGUCUACUCGUUCGUGUGCGUGAAUUUGUUUUGAUUGUUGAAUUUGUGUGUGGUUGUGUUUGUUUGGUGUUCGGUACGGCUGCUGCAUGUGAUGGCCUACUCGUUGGGUUUUUCGAAGUGGUAAUACAAUAGUGAUGCUCACUUCAUCGGGGUAAAUCGUAGGCAUUCGCAAACAGCAAUUAUACGUGAGCACUUUGAAUCCUACGUAGAUCGUUGCAUGUAUGUGUGACGGGGUACACAGCAUAUAUUUUAAUUUGUUUGCCUACAGCAGAGUGUACUCUGUGCGUUUUUUCGAGCUAAGGCGGACGGGAGUAGUAGGUGUUUCCUUUGUUUUUCGGCACCACCCCAGGCGCUGUCUAGCACCGCCCCUUGGGCAUAAGUAUUGUCCAGUGUGUCGAUUGGUAAGUCUUGUUUCCUUGAAACCAGGACAAGUGGCUGAAGGAGGACGGUCGGCUGCCCUCUACAUGUACAGCGGUAGUGCGGGUGAGUGCGUGCGCGGUAUAGUGCCGAUGGAAUUGGCUGGCACAGAGUGAACGGUAGGCACUGAU